AUGCGUGGGCUCAGUGUGGUGGUUCUGGUCGCGCUGCUGGUGCAGGGGUCCUGGGCGAGUGCAGGCGGCAGCGCCGCUGCGAAGAUGGCACCGUCGGAGUGCAUCCAGAAGCUUUCCGACGCAGCCAGCAGCUGCAGCUCUUGCCUGAACCGCGCCAACAAGGUUGCAUACCAGCGGUUGGAAAGGCUAUUUGAGGCUCGCAGCAACAUCCGCUUGGAUGUGGGGCGCUUCUUCCACCUGGCGGUGGGUUUCUCCCAGGACGCGGUCAAGACACCUGAGGCGUGCUGCGCGGCCGCUGCCAAGGUGUUUGACCCGAAGUUCCAGGCGGACUGCGCCUGCCUGCCGGACGUGAUUCAGCACACCAAGCACUUUGACAAGGAGCUGUUUGACUACUACUUUGACUUUUUGUCGGCGAGCUGCCCCCUCGAGGGUGCGCAGCCAUGGCAGACGUGCGGCCUGAUCAACAACAUGUUCAUCACAAAGGUCACAGACGCGGUCAUGGUGAUACCAGACUGGGUGGAGCAGGCGACGGGCGUCGGCGUCGGCGUCGGCGCCGUGGUGGCCAGCCACACGUCGAUCGUCGGCCGUCGGAGGCGCAUGCAAGAGGGCAAGGGCGCAACGCCGCCGCUCGCAGGCCCCAAGCAGCAGCAGCAGCAGCAGCAGCAGCAGCAGCAGCAGCAGCAGCAGCAGCAGCAGCAGCAGCAGGUGCAGCAGGUGGCGGCUGAGUUGCAGCUGCAGCUGCAGGUCGCGGUGCCGUCACUGACUCCUGCCGCGCCCAACGGACAGUGCAGCGUCCGCUCGGCCGGCCUGCGGGUGGCCCGCAACAACGGCACCGCGCCCUUCUACUUCCUCUGCCCCGCGGGCAAGGGCUACUGCGACGACGGCGGGUCGUGCGUCUUUGGCCGCACCAAGACAGUCACAAAGGGCGAGUGGGCGACCUGCGAGCCCCUCCAGAACUGCGGCGCGCCCCUCGACCUCUCGGGCUGCUUCCCGGCCGCAGCCACCGUCCGCGUGGCCGGCGGCGGCGCCAAGCGGAUGGACGAGCUGCGGGUCGGCGACAGGGUCCUCGCGGCGACGCCGGCGGGGCGGCUCGAGUACCAGGACGUGUACUUCUUCGGCCACAAGGACGCGGCCGCGACCGCGCGCUUUGUGCGGCUGGAGCUGGCCGGCGGCCGGGCGCUCGAGCUGACGCCCGACCACUUUGUGCCCGUGCUGGCGGCCGGCGUCGCGCCCGGCCUGGCGAGCGCGCGCAUGACGUACGCGCGAGACGUGGCGGAGGGAGACACGGUGAUGGUCCUGGCAGAGGGCGGCGGCGGCCUGCAGGCGGCGGCCGUGGUGCGCGCGUCGCACAUGCGGCGGCGCGGGCUGUUCAACCCUUACACCCUGGGCGGCACGAUCGUCGUCGACGGCGUGCUCGCGUCGGCGCACAGCAGCUGGGUGCUGGACGGGACGUUUGGCGCGGCGGGCGCGUCCGCGCGGCUGCCGGCCGCCUACCAGGCGCUGUUUGCGCCGCUGCGCGCGCUGUACCGCAUGCUCGGCCCCGCGGCCAUGAGCGCCGCAUGCGACGCCGCAUGCUUCGCACUUGUGACGCCGCCCUCAUGA